CUUUGUCAGCAAUUUUUGUCAGUUUACAACACACAGGUAUAGAAGAGACUAGAUAGGAUUAGUCGCAGGCAUUUAUUUGGUAUUUGAAUUCAUUGAUCAGAAAUGUGGAUUUUUAAUUGGUUCCAAGAUAUUUUAGCGUCUUUAGGAUUAUGGAAUAAACAUGGGAAACUAUUGUUUUUAGGAUUGGAUAACGCUGGUAAAACCACCUUGUUACACAUGCUUAAGAACGAUAGAUUAGCUACAUUACAACCUACAUUGCACCCAACUUCGGAAGAAUUAUCAAUUGGGAAUAUCAAAUUCACUACAUUUGAUUUGGGAGGCCAUCAACAAGCCAGAAGAUUAUGGAAGGAUUAUUUCCCAGAAGUUGAUGGAAUAGUUUUCUUAGUUGAUGCAGCAGACUAUGAAAGACUUGAGGAAAGUAAAGCAGAAUUGGAUGCAUUGUUUGCUAUUGAGGAGUUAUCCAAGGUCCCAUUUUUAAUUCUUGGUAAUAAGAUUGAUUCUCCUAGAGCCAUCAGCGAAAAUGAAUUAAGACAAGCCUUGGGAUUAUUUGGAACAACAGGCAAAGGAAUCGUUCCAUUAGAUGGAAGAAGACCAGUGGAAGUAUUUAUGUGUUCUGUCGUUAUGAGACAAGGGUAUGGAGAAGGUAUUAGAUGGUUAUCGCAAUAUAUUUAAAUGAUCCGGUGGUCUAUUCAGUGAUUGUAUGGAGCUUUUCCUCAGAUAUUUCUUAGAUAUCUCUCAGACCUUUGCAGAUUUAUUUUGUUUCAUUUAUUUGUUACCUUUCUUUUUGUAAUCUCAAUAAUUUUAAUAUAUUUUUAAUACAUUCUACAAAUUUACUUAUCC